UUCCCAAGGCAAAUGUUGGAACGUUUGAGUCUCCACGGCAACGGGACGCUUCCCCUUCCGGACAGCAGCGGCCGCGAGGUGAUCGGGACAGCGGGGCUCGGGGGUGGGGCCGGCCUGAGAGCGCAGGCGGGGAGAACCCCCUCUCCCCCAGGAUGCCGCUGAAGGUGCUGGUGGAGCUGCAGAUCCACGCGGUUACUUGCCCUGGUGUGUUCCUGCCAGAGAAGCAUGACAUUUACCUCAGUGUCUGCAUCAUGGGCCAAUACAAGGAGACAGAAUGCCUUCCUCCAAUUUUCCCUCUGUUGUUUCAUGAGAAGAUGUGGUUUGAAAAGGUAUUUGAAAGUGCUGUAGACCCGGCUGCUGUAACAGAGAUGCUUGAAAGCAAUGUAACAACGUUUGGAUUGAUUCAGCUAGUAUCUUCAGGUAUUGGGCUAGUAAAUAUUUUACAAAAUAACAGUUUAUUGGCAGUAUCCCAGUGGGUGUUAACUUUGAGCCUUGCCCCCCCCCUACUUUCUUCCUCUUUCUCAACUCCUCUUCUAGGGGGCUUCAACUAUCUGCUGUCCUCAACCCCAAACUCUGCAUACACUUUGAUCAUCUACCAGCGAAAAUAAGAUACAUUUUCUGACUAGUGACUUACUGGUUGUUUUGUUAGAAUUAUUCAGAUUAAUCUAAUUUCUUCCCCCUGUCAUUGAUGUAAUUUCUUUCUCAUCUCAGUCACUAUUAUUGUUCACCAAUGAUAUUUAAAUAUAACAUGAAUAAUAAUUUAGAGUUCCAUUUAGCAGAUAUUAGCAUUGGCUCUAUAACAACUUUUUUUGUGGUUUUUAUGAGUUAGAAAAAUCAAGUGGACACAGGGUGGCAGAAUAACCCUACUCUUUAAGGUCAUCAAAUAUGGAAC